AAAAACUUUACAUUUGUUGCCCAUUGCAACGAAAACCGCGUCCCAACUUGUCAAAAAUUUGUAAAAAUGUCCAGGAUUUCUUCUACUUUUGGAAAGCAAGAAAGUUUAAUGUCAUCUCAGAAGUCUUUAGGAGGUUGGUAGGAUUAAAAAUCGGAAGGAAACUGUUACUUCGUAUUAUCGCAUGCAUUUAAAGAUUGAAGUGUUAUUUCGGUGACGGACAAUAUAACCUUUCACCCCUGUAAUCCAAGCAAAUAACACUAUAGCCCCGCCUCCUUUAGACCGUAGUGCAUUAAUUGUAAACUUGGUAAUUAGGUUAAAAAUUUGGCGUGUAAAAUCCAUUGGAAUAUAUACAAUAUCAAUAUAGAAAUACUAUGACAGAAAGAAUUUCUGCACCAAUGGGUACACAAACUGCUGAUGUUAUUGAAUGGAGCAGGUCAUUGAGAUCAAGAAGUCCUUCUCCAUCCAGGCAGAAUGUUAGGUCUCGUAGUCCAUCACCCUCUCGACCUUCUACAGACAGAGUUAUUGGAAACUGGAGGAGGUCUGAUAUGGACAUAGGAAAUUACCUGACAGAUGUGCAGAAGUCAAUGCCAGAUUUUACAUUUAAGAAGACAAAGACUUCAAACAAGAUGAGGAAAAGCACAGGCAGUUUAGCUGCUAAUUUUAAUUCUACAUCUUAUCAGAAAUCGAAGUCAAACUUGGCCAAUCUAGAUAACAUUGAAGCAGAAUAUAUAAAAAAUCUACAGCAGCAAAUCUACUUCCUGGAACUAGAAUCAAAUUAUCUUCGAGACCAAGCAAAGAAAGCAACAGAAAUGCAUCCAAAGAUGACAGCCGAAGCAGAAAGAAUGUUAACAAAAUUGAGAUCUAUGCAGCUGGAAAUAGAUAGUUUACAGAUGGAAAUAAAGAAGAAAGAAACAAUAAUUGCGGUGACCAAUACUGAGAAAGAGAAAACAUUUGAGAGGCUGCAUGAUGAAGAAGCUGCCAGAUCCAGAGAUAAGAGAAACCUAAUGGAUGAAAUAAUAGAGCUUAAGAAAGAGAAAGAUAUGAUGGACAGGGAAUUGAACCAGAAAGAUUCUCAGUUGUUUGAUGCCAAAACUGAGCUUGAUAAGAGUGCAACUGCACUUAAAAAUGCUGAAAUAAAAAUCCAGUCCCUUAGGAGUCAGCUGGAACAAAGAGGUGAACAACAUAAUUUGACCCAGAUAACUUUAGAUGAGAAGAGGAGCGAGUUAUUGAGUGUUCAGACACAGCUGAGGGAGCUGGAAGAUAAAUACUACAAUAAUACUUUACAAAUACAAGACAAAGUAGCUAAUGACUUAAAGGUUAUGUCAUCAAAUGAGGAUGAGAUUCGUCUGUUGAGACAGAAUUUGAAGGAGACAGAAAUGACAGCAGAACAUGAUAGAUACAUGAAGUCUAAGUUGACUGAUGAUAAUGCCAAUCUUGUCAGAGAAAAUGCUUUACUCACUCAACAGCUUGGGGAUCUACAAAAAGAAAUUGAAAGGGAACGUGGUGCUAGGCAAACUACUGAGUCUAGACACACUCAGAGUCACAGUGAAUUAAUACAAUUAAGAGACAGGGAAAAAGAUGCCAAGUUUGAAAUAAGUCAUCUUCAAGAACAACUUAGAAAAGAACAAGAGAAAUCAAGACAUUAUUUAGAGAAUUUAACAAAGACAGAAUCUAGCACAACCACAACAGAACUACAGCUAAAGACUGUAAAGAGUAGAGUUUCAGAGUUGGAAAGUUUCCAGCAUGCAGUGGAAAGAGAAUGUGAACAACUACGCAAAGAUAAACUGCUUUUGGUGGAUCACGUCUCAGAAAUACAGAGAAAGCUUGAGUCAAAGGAGCAGGAGAUAAUGUUGUUGAGAUCACAGAACCAGACAAUGGAAGGCAAGCUGAGGGAUACAGAUAGAAUGAGUAUGAUGGAAUCAUCUAUGCAAAGUCAGAAAUGGGAGGAGUUUGAAAAGUUAGCAGAAAGUAUGAGGUCAUUGUCACAUACAAUGUCCCAUACUGGUUCCUCUACAACCAGGAUCCAGCAGUACUGAAGGAUGCAACAAGGAAGAUUAUCAUGACUAUAUAGUGAUAUAUUUAUUUAUUUAAGUUACCCAAUUAAAUUGCUACAUGUUAUGUAGAAUAGUGCUUUUAAAGUUAAUUGAAUGUCAUCUGGUAUGUUUGUAGUAUUGUAUGAUUUCCUACAAAAUAAUGUUUAGUAAAAUAUGAUGAAAUCAUACAAAGUUUCAAGUUUCAGAAGUUUACAAAUGCAAAAAGGUCAUGAAGGAUGAAACAAGUUACCCUCAGAUGUUCAAGGGUUAAAGAUAGAAAUUAAAAACAUAUUGUAUAACAGCAUAAUUGCUCUUAAUUGAUAUAUUUUAGCUGUCAAAUUUACCAAUAAAGUUGUAGUGCAUAACUGUCAGCUUGUUGGAUGCAGAAGAAAGUGUAUAUUUUUUUUUACAUCUAAUAAGUUUUGCAUACAGAGUUAUAAUUGUGAUUAAAGGGAGAUAAAUCACAUAAUUUACUAUGGUAUUUUAGGAUUAUUAAAAUUGAAAUUACAAUUAUGAUAACUCGAUUAACGUUUUAUUGAUUUAAUUUUAUCAAAUAUUUUUUUAAUUUAUGCUUUUUUUUAUCAGUUAGUUUGUUAAGUCUAAGUAGUCUGUAAAGUGACUAAGAUUACUUUUCAAAGAUAAUCUCAAGAUUUCUGUAUAACCAUAUAGACGAUGAAACUGAAUACUAUUAUUAGAAUGCAGGCCCUUAGACAAAUGGAUGGGAUUAUUUGAGGGUCAUAAAGCUCUCACUUUUAUCUGUGAUAGUAAUUUAGACCCCCAUCAUAAAUUGAUCACUACUUACUCAUAGUAGCCAUGCAAUGCAAGAAAAUAUUAAAAAUACACAAAAUAGAAAAUAUUAAAAAUACACAAAAUAGAAAAUAUUAAAAAUACACAAAAGAUUAUCCACUGAUUUAUCUUUAUCAUAGUUCUUAUAUAUAUAAGAUUUUUUAAAUCAAACAAAUUUAAAAACAAUGUUUGUUAUUGGUAAAACACUCCCUAUUCUUUGUCACUAGCAACUAUUUGUCAUAUAAAAUGAAGUAUGUAACAUAUAAUAAAACAGAUAGAGGAAACAGUUUAUUCUGUUAGUUUUUUAUCUCAAUUACAAAAAUGUACUGGUAUCUCUCUUGUUUUCUGUCCACUUAUAUUUUUAUUAUUUUAUUUUUACAUAUUUUAUGCAUGUUUUUAUUGUUUAUUAAAUGAUACAAUUUUUAAUG